AUGGAUGACUCGUCAAGAAUUUUGCGUAUCAUCACCAAUAAGCUGGUGAACGAGGCCGUUAGUAAUUCAAAGAAAGCUGUUUCUACGGAUUCUCAGGAAUUUAAGAAACUGAAGAAAGUGGUCCGUGAGAAUGAGAACGCUAUAGCUGAAUAUGUCGAGUACCUUUUUGUGUCUUUGAAGCGCUCUGACUCGGAACGGAGACAAUCCUUGAUGUCAGUAUUCGAUUAUUUUUUCAAUCGUUCUCAUAAUUUUCGCCUGAGAACCGUGGACAAGUUGCAGGAGUUACUUCUACUGGUGUGUGAAACGGAUCCAUUGCAUCAUCCUCUCCCUGGACCAACUACGGAAUGCAAAGAAUUGAAGGCCUACGCUUUGAAAACGGUCAAACAAUGGCAUGAGAAGUUUGGUCCCGGUUACGUGAAAUUGAAUUUCGUUGGCGAUUUUUUGCGAGAAUCUAAGGCUAUUGAUUUCGAUUCUGCAUCUGCGGAACUACUGGCUGAAAGAAUGAGAAAGGAAGCAGAAAAUCGGAGAAGCGCAGAGUUGUCUCAGAAGAUCGCCGCCAGUGUUCGUCGGAAAUUCGACCAAGUCAAAGAUGAUAUAGAAAGAUGUAUUGCCUCGGCUGACACGGCCCUCUCUAUUCUUGUUCCUCUUUUUUGUGUCGAUUCUGAGGAAAAUGAAGCCAAGAACCGUGAUGCUGCCUCUUGUCGAGACAACGAUCAAAUUCAAGAAAUGCAGACGGUUCACGGAUACACAAGUUCUGAAACAAUUUCGGUUGUUUUGCCAUCGCUCACGCCAGAAGUCACGGUCAAUGAGGACAACGAGGCACUAAUAGAAAACCUACGGGAUGCAAAAGUAAUGCUAGACGUCUAUCGAAAAAAGAUUUUUAGGUGCACUUAUAUUCUCUUGCCAAAAAGCACUAUCCCCUACUCGCUACCUUAUUUUAGUUGGCAGCGUAAAUUAAAUGGCGCCGUUGGCGUAGAACUUCUAAUGCGAGAUCUGACGGCAAUAAACGGAAAGAUCGAACAGCGAUGUGGGAAGAUUGCUGAAUUGAACCUUAAGCCAAAGAGGCGGAAACGGAAAGGCGCUGAUUCUAGUGAAAGUGAGGAAAGCGACCUCGAAGAAGUACCUGAAAAGCAGUUGGAGGACUUUAUGCCACCCGAUGAAGUUCCGCGACAUAUCAUGGAGCGAGUACAACAGCUGGAAAAUGGGAAAUGUUCCGAGCAGCCAUGUUGCAGUAAAUCGCUGGUGACAACUUCAUCAGUGACAGCACCGAAAGAGGAUGAGGUCAAGCCAAAGCCUGAUAUUCCUGUUGUUUCGUUCGGGCUCGACUUAAAAUACUGGGGAGAGGCUUACAUUGAGCCCACCAUCCUUCGUAACAACGCAGAUUGUCAUCCGUUUUGGAGAGCACCAGAGGAUGACGAUCGGCCUGCAUUAAACGAAAAGGGGUCGAAUGUGGGAGAGGUCCGGUUGAUAACAUGGAUAGGAGAACCACAACGAGCUGAGAGGCGUUGCAAGGCGAGGCUGCCAAAUGGGAAGCUUUGCCCAAGAAUGGACUUGCGAAAGUGCCCACUUCACGGCAUAAUAGUAGAUAGAGAUGACGAAGGUUUCCCUCUGGAAGAAUUGGAUACAACCGAAAUGUCUUCUUCACAAGCUGAUCGUGAACAUCAAGAAGAAGAAGAAUAUUUGAGGGAUCUGGAAGCUGCAACUGGGAAAUCGUUUGUCAGUAAACCUAAGAAGAAGAAGGUGCGAGAAAGUACUGUACGUGAGCGGCUGGAGAAAAAACUUCUCAACCCUCGGACAAUCAAACGUGUCUCAGCUGCUCUUGAUGCAGCCCGUAAAGCUAGGUUGCAGAAGAAGUUCGGGGAUCAGUUUGCUCACUCCUUUUCCAAAUGA